AUGUGUGCAGGUAUGGUGCGUGUGUGUGUGUAUUUUUCUCUGGUGCUCUUGUUGGGUUUUAGUCUCUGGGCACCCGUGGAUGGAAGACGAACUCGAUACAAGCCAAAAACAAAACCAAAAACAGAUCAAAAGCCUGUUGAGGAGAUCGCUCCAGCUCAGAAUGUUGAUAUCAGUCAGUUGAGUGGAAAGUGGUAUCUGCUAAGUGUGGCAUCAAGAUGUAAGUACCUUUUAGAGCAUGGCAUGAAGGUAGAGGGCACCUACAUAACUCUGACUCCACCUGUCUCGCCCAAAGCACCAAUCCAAGUCAGCACCUUCACCAAACUCAAUUAUCAGUGUUGGGAGAUCAAACAGAAGUACGAGACCACAGGGAGUCUGGGCCGAUUGCUACUGAGAGCAAAGAUACCAUUGAAAAACACUGAGAUCCUCAUUGUGGACACAGACUACAACUCUUAUGCCAUUUUACUCUACAAGAGGAGGGACAAGCGCACCUUGAAACUCUACGGACGCUCCCCAGAGAUCUCUUUAGACAUUGUGGAUAAAUUUGAAGCCAUUGCAACAAAACAAAAUCUAGGCUUGGAAGUUAUUUUCGAGUUUCCUACGUACGGGUUUUGUCAGUCUGCAGACAAGGACCACACACUUGGUAAGAUAAUAACCUGA